GUAAUCAAAAUAAAAACCCAAACACGUGUGAAAAUAAAUACUACAGAAGUUUAUUAAAAAUUAUCGAGAAAAUAUUAAAUAUAUUUUUAAAUAAAUCAAAAUGAGUAGAAAUCUUUUUGAUGAUAGUGAUGAUAAUUUGGAAGAGGAUAAUUUUCAAAUAAAAACAAAUGAAAAUUUUGCCAAAAGUUAUAAUACUUUAAGAAAAAAAGAAUUAUUGCAAAAAUUUAAAGACAAAGGUUUAGAUGUCUCUGAGUCUGAUUCUGAUGAUUCAGAUUCGUCGGAAGAGGAUGAAGUAUUGGAUCCUUCGUUCGAUCAAGAUUUUUUAAAAACCUUGGCUUCGUUGAAAAGUAAAGAUCCUGCUAUCUAUGAUAAAAAUACCAAAUUCUUUAAACAGGAGGAAAAUGAUGAGGAUGAUUCCGCUGGAGAAGAAGGCAAGAGUAAUAAGGAAAAGAAAUCUAAGCCAGUAACUUUGAAGGAUUAUGAAAGAAAGAUUAUUUUAGAAAAGGGCGGUAAAUUUGUGGAUGAUUCCGAUGAAGAUGAUGAGGAAAAAGAAGCUGUACAACGUCCUUUCUCACCCACAGUGGUAGAAGAAGAACGCCGUCUAAAAGCUGAAUUCAAAAAAGUCAUGAAUCAAGAAGAUGAUUCAGAGGAAGAAGAAUUUGGUGGAAUUUUCAAAAAACGUGAAAAAACCAAAGCAGAGAAAGAUAAAGAAGAGGAAGAUUAUCUUAAAUGGUUAGCAGGCAAAAAGGAUACUAUACAAGAGGAGGUUAAAGAAAAACUAGAGCCUUUGAAAAAAUACUGGAGUAAUGAUAAAUUACCUUCUAGUGAAAAGUUUCUCAGAGAUUAUGUGCUUAACAAAGGCUACACAGAGGCCAGUAACUACAAUGAAAUACCCACUUAUGAAGAAAUUGUAGGCGAUAAUGCUCCCCUGUCGGAGGAUGAAGAAGAAUUGGAAAAACAGGCGGAAUUUGAACAGAAAUUCAAUUUCCGAUAUGAAGAACCAGAUCAAGAAUUCAUUAAACGUUAUCCACGUACCAUUGAAAGUUCGCUGAGAGUGGCAGAUGAGAAGCGUAAGAAGAAAAGACAAGAGACUAAAGAACGUAAACUGCAAGAAAAAGAGCAAAAAAUGAAAGAGCUGGAAAUGGUAAAGGAAAUGAAACGUAAAGAGAUACAGGAAAAAAUUGAAAAAUUAAAAAUGGUCACAGGCAAUGAUGAGUUAGGCUUUAAGGAUGACGACUUAGAAGAAGAUUUUGAUCCCGAGGCACAUGAUCGCCGAAUGCAAGAACUUUUCAAUGAUGAAUACUAUCAGGUGGAUGAGGGUGAGGAGAAACCUGAAUGUCCCUCAGAUAUAGACGAAUUGAAAGUGGAGGAUUGGGAUAAUUAUGAUCCACAUAAUGAUGGUGAUACGGGAGGUUAUGAUUAUGAAGACAACAAUGAUCCUCAUUGUGAAGAUGAAGAUUUUAUUAUGGAUUGUGAUUAUGAUCCCAGUAAGGCAAAAGAAGAAUUACAAAAGGAGCUCAUAGAAAAUACCAGAAAACGUAGAGGCGGUCGCAAAGGUAGACGAGAUCGUUUUAUGGAAAUCAUUAAAGCGGAAAAGCCGGUAUUCGAUCCUGAGGAUGAGAAGACCUAUGGAGAGUAUAUAGAUGAAUACUACAAGCUCGAUUGUGAGGAUAUUAUAGGAGAUACACCCUGUCGUUUUAAGUAUGUGGAAACUACACCAAAUGAUUUUGGUUUAACUAUAGAAGAGAUACUGUUGGCUAAAAAUAAAGAACUUAAUCAAUGGGCCAGUCUUAAGAAAGCCAUACAAAUACGUCCCGAUCAAGUGGAGAAGAAAGAACAAAGACUUUAUAAACUUAAAGCUAAAAAUGAGGAACUAAAACGCAAAAUAUUUAAAAGUUUAUAUGGAGAGGGAUCUGAUAAUGAAAAUGAGGAAACUGAACCUGAACGAACAAAAGAACCAACUACAUCAAAUGCUGAAACUGCUGCAGCAAAUACUACUGCAGACAAUCAGCCGGGAGAAUCUAAAAAGGCCAAGAAAAGGAGAAAGCGUAAAGCUCAAAAUGCACAAGCUGCUGCACAAACUUCCGCCGGUGAGGAAACCCAAACAAAUGUUGGCAUUAAAGAAGAAAAUACCUCAAAUGCGGAUGAAACUGUAGCCAAAAAAGCUAAAAUUGAAGAUAAAACCAAACUUAAUGAAACAAUUAAUGGCCAACAGCCAGCAGAAACGGCCACAGAGGCGGCUAAAAAGAAAAAGAAGAAAAAUAAAAAGAAACCACAAAGCCAGAAUCAAAAUAGUGCGGCAAACAGUGAGGGUCCUCAAAUAUCAACUACUAGUACUGCCAAUACAAACUCUAAUAAAGACAAUGAAAAAGUUAACAAUCCAUUUAAUAAAGGUGUUGCUACAAACAAACAAACGAAUAAUGUUGAAACUAAAAACUUUAAUAAAAAUUCUCAAAAAGCAAAUAAUGCACCAAACGCUAACAAACCUGCUGCCAAGAACAAUCCAUUUGCUAAAGGCUCUAAACAAUUGAAUAAUUCUACGGAAGGGGUUGGUUCCUUGCCUCCUUUGCGUAAAAAUAUACCCAAAACAAAAACCUUUAAUGGCAAAUUUAGCACCAAUGAUAAAUUCAAAUCUAAAUUCCAAAACAAAAAGCCAUUUAAUGGUAAACCGAAACAGAAUUCUAAAGGAGAUGGUAAAGAUAUAAGUGAUGAACGUUUAAAGGCUUACGGUAUUAAUCCCAGAAAAUUCCAUAAAAAACAAAAGUAUGGAAAUAAUCAAUCAUAAAAAAUAUGAUCUUUAGUUUUAGCUGUAGAAAUGUAUGUAUAAAUGUGUUAUAUAUAUUUAAAUAAAAAAUAAUUAUGUAAAUAAUUUAAAAUUUAACG